CCUCACAGACCUAAUCUGACUGGGUAGGACAGGGGGAGGAUGGGGGAGGGCACCGGGCAUUCUACACCAUCUCACCCUGUUUUCUGGCAACCACCACCACAGCCGCAGAGCCAACACUCGCAGGAUAUGGUGAAAAGAAGCAGUUAUUCCCUGUGAGUCUGGAGGAGCUGAGCUCAUGUUGGGCUGCAGCAGAUUUACUGAUAAUCCAGCAUAAGGACAGAGUGAGGACGACUUUUUGUUCUUGUGUUUGACGAUGUGAGGAUGCUGCCGGACGUCUGACCAAAGCCUGUUUGUGCUGGAACUUUAUGGCCAAAUGUAGAGUCGUGGGGUCGGAGGAAAAACAGUUUAGAGGCACGAUGUCGGCAUCUCAGGGGGUGAACCGCAGCGGCAUCUACAACUACUUCCUCAACAUGGUGGCCUAUCAGAUCUGCUGCUGCUGUGGUCCAGCUCCCUGUUCGCUCUGCUGUGCCUUCUGUCCUCCGGUCAGGUCGUCCACCAGCACCCGGGUCAUGUACACCCUCUUCCAUAUCCUGAGCUGUGCCGUCUCCUGCCUCAUGUUGUCCCGCACCGUCUCUGAGCUCGUCAGGGAAAACGUGCCUUUCUUUAACAUGGUGUGUGACCAGGCGCACGGCGGGGGUCACUGCGAGAUGUUGGUCGGAUACUCCGCUGUCUACAGAGUCUGCUUUGGCACUUCCUGUUUCUACCUGAUGAUGGCGAUCUUCCUCAUAGAUGUAAAGUCCAGUCAGGACUUCAGAGCGCUGAUACACAACGGCUUCUGGUUCUUAAAGUUCAUCACCCUCCUCGGGACGUGCACGGCCGCCUUCUUCAUCCCGACAGAGUCCUUCCUGCACGCUUGGCAUUAUGUGGGUGUGGUCGGAGGAUUCGCCUUCAUCCUCAUCCAACUCAUCCUCAUCACAGCUUUUGCACACACAUGGAACAAGAACUGGUUGACCGGAGCAGCAGAAAACAAACGCUGGUACCUGGCGGUGAUGUGCGCCACCCUCUUCUUCUACACCAUCGCCACCAUGGCCUUCACCUUCAUGUACAAGUACUACACACACCCCAUCGCCUGCCACUUCAACAAGGGCCUGCUGUGGGUCAACCUGGGGCUCUGCGGCCUCAUGUCCUUCAUCGCCGUGACUCCGUGUGUGAAGCAGAAGCAGCCUCGGUCGGGGCUCCUCCAGGCCUCCAUCAUCAGCUGUUACGUCAUGUACCUCACGUUCUCCGCCCUGUCCAGUCGUCCGCCAGAAAAAGUUGUGUAUCAGGGCAUGAACAUGACCGUCUGUUACCCCAGUGUGGGACAAGAUGGCAUCCAGAACGAAGGCAACGCGGUCGCCAUCAUUGGAGCGGCCAUCAUGUACUGCUGUGUCCUCUUCGCAUGUAAUGAAGCUUCGUACCUGGCUGAGGUGUUUGGUCCGUUUUGGAUGAUUAAAGUUUAUCGUUACGAGUUCCAGAAAGCAACGUGCUGCUUCUGCUGCCCUGAGGAAGAGGAAGCUGAGGAUGAGUUUGUGAUUGACGACGAGGACAAAGGUUGUCAGAAGGUUAUUCACAACGAGACGCAGCGAGUGGCCUACAGCUACUUCUUCUUCCAUUUUGUCUUCUUCUUGGCUUCGCUCUAUGUGAUGAUGACGCUGACCAACUGGUUCAGCUACGAGUCGGCGGUGUUGGAGACGACCUUCACCCACGGCAGCUGGUCCACCUUCUGGGUGAAGAUGUCGUCGUGCUGGGCCUGUGUCAUCCUCUACCUCUGGCUGCUGCUGGGCCCUCUGUGCAGUUGUCAGUCCGAAUCCCGACCUCGACGCUCACGUAUCAAACGACGCGCAGCAUCGUCCCGUCACGUCACCGUCAGCGUCUGACAACCUGUGAGGGGCCGGCAGGACGACAAGGGGUCAGAUGACCGAGGGCCUGUUUGUGGCGCCUCCAAUCAGAGGGCAUCAAGAGUGCAGGUCUCAGGGGUCAGGGGUCAAAGACUGACGGUGCUGCGAGAAGGACCAAUCAGAGAGCUUCGUUCCCUGUUGAGAAGAGCUGAUGUCACAGGCUCGACAACAUGAACUUAAACCACUGGACUCCGCUGUGGAAACACACUUAACACAAUGAAUUGCCAAAGGGGUUAAAGGAGUGAAGUGUCACUCUGUGUAAUGUGAGAAUUACAGUAAUUCAGUCUAAAGAUCCAUAAACGUUUCAUUUUAGUAUUAUUUUAAAUUUUUUGCUGUUUUUAGACUUUUACUAUUAUAACAGAGGAGCAAUUCUAGAUAUUUGCUGUAAUGUUGCUACAGAGGCACACGUCCCUAUUAUUAUGAUUUUUCUAGUAAACCAUACCUAUCCCUAACCCAUUUUGAUGGGCAAAGUUUGUGGUCAUGAACAAAUCUUUCUUGGUGUUUAAAGUUCAAUCAAACUCAAGAACUGGUCCUUACACAAAGUUCCAGUGAAUUAAAGUUAAAGUUACAUCAAUCAUCAAAGAAAUGAAGUAAAUAUUGAGUUAGAUCUCCGUCUAAAUCAUUUCACAUGUCAAAAGGUCCUCGAGCAAGAAACUGAACCCAAAUGACGUGUUCCUGACGUGUUCCUGACGUGAAACCCACAUGUUUCGAACAUGUUCCUCACAUGUUCUGGAGGUUCUGGAUGUGAGAACAAAUGUCUGAGUCAGUGUCUCUGGACAUUUUCUGGAUCU